AUGGAUGCACAGUAUCCCUUCGCCUCCCGAGACGACAUCUGGCGCGUCUUUGACGAGCUGAAGGAGCUGCACAUUGCACAGUUUGAACAGGCAGAGCGGAUUGCCCGACUAGAGCGUCGCCGCGACGAGGAUGCACGCUUGAAAAGUGUCUGGGGCCCCCCUAUGUCACCGUUUCCCACACCCGUGGGAGGCUCGAUCCCCGCAGAAAACCUAUUCAACUCCCCUCCUGAUGCUUUCAAGGGCUUUGACCAAGGUCAACAUCAUACCAUGUCCAGUUCUGCACCUGGCCUCGACGGGGAGGAUGAGCCACGACGGGGUGCCUCGCGAGCCAACAGCGUGCGCUUUGAUGAGAGUGCGAUCCAUGGGUAUUACGGGCAGACCAACCGGUCAAGUACCGAACUCCCACUCCGAACAGGCAGUGGAAUGGGGAGCCACCCAUUGACGGAGCGAUCCCUGUCGCACCGAUCAGACGGCCGUCAGAGUUCUUCUGCUCUCUCACUUCAUUCCACCCGAACGAACAGUCUUGGAUUGGACACAACUAGCCGUCUGAUGAGUUCUUCCCUUGGCGAAUCCCCACUGACACCGCCCCCAGGACUCUUUUUGUUGGGCCCCUCGCCUUGUAUCAUUCGGUGCUGGUUAACUACGACCUUCUCUAACGAGUCUCUUCUGUACGCGGCUGUCUGCUCGGGCUCAUUCUUCUCGUCUCUGACCUCCUCCAUGGUCCACAAACUUGGAUUGGAGGACCAGAUAGAAUAUGACCUAGAUGGACGCCUGUUCGCCAAGAUUACACUGUAUCUUCCCGAGGCCAGCGUCCACAAGUCUUCCUCUCGGCCCAAUAGCCCGGUCCCCCAUCUUCCAUGUGUGACAAUCCGGUUCUUGGUUCGUGAAGCAGACCCAUCGGAUGAAAGCAUUCAGAUCAUUCUUGGAAGUGACAUGUUGCGCUCCCACAAUGCCGAUGUUUUGUUCUCCCAGGACAAGAUUGUCAUGGUAGACGAUGAGCGCAACCGUAUCUCUAUUCCCAUUGUGCGCCCGGAGAAAGAUUCUGUAUUCAAAUUUUUACAGACAGUUUCCGAUACUUCACAUCCUGAUUUUCCCUUGGCCACCCAUGUGAAUGGACAGGGCGCCCCGGGCGUGAUUAGCCAGUCGCCGAUCCUGGAGCAGUCCACCUCAGCGUCUGCACCUACCCGUGUCUCAAUUGGCGAAGCCGAUAAGGAAAAGAAGCACAGUCUCCACGAUCCUGCCAACAUGGAAGGCUCGGUGGAGACCUCGUCUCUCACGGCCACAGGCGAUGAGUCUGCAGAGACCAAGGCCGAGGCACUUGGUGUCUGGAAAUCCUGGCGCCGCGAGCAAAAGUCCGAAUCCACCAACGCCGCCAAGGCCAAGGCGCGAACCAUGACAGUUCUCAAGCCCACCAAGCUAGCAACUCGAGCAAGCUCCACCAUGUCUAUCCCCACCAGCACCACUACCGAGCACAGCAGCACUCCUACUCAAUCCACUGCUCGCUCGCUCACUGAUGAUAGUCGUCCAGGCAAAGCAUGGGCGCCCAAUCCUAUAGGCGGUGCUUCCGCUUUCGGAUGGCUCAACACGACCAGCCGCGCCACGGCCAAUCCGAGAUAG